GGUUUCUGUUCAUAGUAAACGGCAAGUAAUGGAAAGUUUUGUGUGAAAAAUAUGAGUGUCACUAAAAAGGUUGUUAAAAAAAUUAGAGCAAGAAAUCCUCUUUCAGAAGAUGACAGUGAUGUCAGCUACGAUAAGGGAGACUACGAGAGUGAUGAUGACAAGAAGAGGGAACCAGAAGAAGAAAGAGUUCCCGCAGACACAUUGGGAUCUUUGGGGUUGCCUUCGUUCCCAGAAUGCAUAGUUUCUCGGGAAGAUUGGGGUGCUGCAAAGAAGAAGAGGAAAGGACUAGCUUUGAAACAUCCUGUGGCUAAUGUUACAAUAACUUACAAAACUGACGUACCAAAGUGCACGUCUGAUGAAGAAUGUGUUAAAGUAAUACAGGAGCUGCAGAAGAAACAUAUCUCGGAAGGGAUGUCGGACAUAGCGUUCAAGUAA